AUGUCCCAUGUUAAUUUGCUCUUGGCCGCAUUGGCAUCUCGGAGAUCGUCUGCCAAGAGAUACAAAGUUCUUGUCGACUGCUACGUUCAAGGAUAUAAGGACAAUUCCAGGCAGAUGAGAGUGAUCAAUGUCGUGACCAGAGUGACCCUCCGAGAUCCUUUUCUUUGCAGUCUACCUGUAUGCUGA